AAGAUGACGUGAAGAUAACAAGCUCUUAUCUCCGAAAAAGAAAAGUCUGUAAUUGAUUUGUUUGUUCAUUCUUGAUUUUGACAUAUUCACAUGUUCAUGCUUUUUCCCUUUUAGACUCUCACUCUUCAACUUGCUCCUCAAGCCUCUCCUAAUUCCUAAUUCUUUCACGUGAAUCUCACUUUCAUUUCAUUUCCCUCACUCUCUCUUUCUCUCUUCUCAUAUCACUUUUCUUCCGUGUCUUACAUUUCCAUGGCUACACAGGGAAAAGUAAUCACCUGCAAAGCUGCUGUGGCUUGGGAACCAAACAAGCCAUUGAGUGUUGAGGAUGUUGACGUGGCACCACCGCAGGCUGGAGAGGUCAGAAUCAAAAUUCUCUACUCUGCUCUCUGUCACACAGAUGCUUAUACUUGGAGUGGCAAGGAUCCAGAAGGUCUAUUCCCCUGUAUACUUGGUCAUGAGGCUGCUGGGAUUGUGGAAAGUGUUGGCGAAGGUGUUACUUCAGUUCAGCCUGGAGAUCAUGUCAUACCCUGCUACCAAGCUGAAUGUGGAGACUGCAAGUUCUGCAAAUCCGGCAAAACAAACCUCUGCGGCAAGGUUCGUUCGGCCACCGGAGUUGGCGUCAUGCUGAGCGAUCGCAAGAGUCGUUUCUCCGUCAAUGGAAAGCCUAUCUAUCAUUUCAUGGGAACUUCCACAUUUAGUCAAUACACUGUUGUUCAUGAUGUUAGUGUGGCUAAGAUUGAUCCCAAUGCACCUUUGGACAAAGUUUGUCUUCUUGGAUGUGGGGUUCCAACUGGCCUUGGAGCUGUUUGGAACACAGCAAAGGUGGAAGCAGGUUCAAUUGUUGCUGUUUUUGGCCUUGGAACUGUUGGUCUUGCUGUUGCGGAGGGUGCAAAAGCUGCCGGUGCAUCACGGAUUAUUGGCAUAGAUAUCGAUCGCAAUAAGUUUGAAAGAGCAAAGAAUUUCGGAGUCACAGAGUUUAUCAAUCCAAAGGAGCAUGAAAAGCCAAUUCAGCAGGUCAUAGCUGAUCUCACAGAUGGUGGAGUUGAUUACAGCUUUGAGUGCAUUGGAAAUGUCUCGGUGAUGAGAGCUGCUUUGGAAUGCUGCCAUAAAGGCUGGGGUACAUCAGUAAUUGUAGGUGUUGCAGCAUCAGGUCAAGAAAUAUCGACUCGGCCCUUCCAGUUGGUGACCGGGCGAGUCUGGAAAGGAACAGCUUUCGGAGGCUUCAAGAGCAGGUCACAAGUACCUUGGCUUGUUGACAAGUACAUGAAGAAGGAAAUCAAGGUUGAUGAGUACAUUACACACAGUUUGAACCUUGCUGAGAUUAACAAAGCAUUUGACCUUUUGCAUGAAGGAGGGUGUCUCCGUUGUGUUCUUGCAUUGCAUGUAUGAAUUGAGGUGUUAUGCUGAUUUCUGUGUUUUUUCAUGAGUGUAAAAUUUGUAAGAUCAUUUUCAUGGCUUUUUAAUAAUAAAUUUAAAAUAUGAAUUGUAUCUUCAUUUAUCUCUUUCCAAACUUGUAUUAUUUCAUCAAGAAGCCUUUGCAGUGUUAAUGAUAUUGUUACAAAUCCUUUUGCA